UGUAUAUCAAAGCAGAAGCAACUCCAGCUCUUCAAAAUUUAAUCUUGAAAUCAACAUUCAACUCAAAAUGUUCAAAAUUGUGAUCCUGCUCGCUGUGGUGUCGGCCAUUGCUGCCAUCCCAAUGCCUUCGGUUCCAGCGCCACUUCCGGUGUUGAUGCGACAAGCUCGGGCAGCUGAGAUGCCAACGGAAUCCAAAGAAGUACAAUCUGCCGGGGGAGCUGCGGAAUCUGCUGACGACAUGGAGAAGGCGGAAACGUUCGGAUUUGGAUUCCACAAGCACAUCUACGUGAGCCCGUCGUACGGAUAUGGUGGAUACUAUCCUUACAGCUAUGGAUACGGCUACGGAUAUCCCAGCUACGGAUACGGUGGAUAUGGAUAUCCCUACUACUACUAGAAGG